CUUUGAAAAGACCACCAGUGUGCAAACCCCUGUUAACUCAAGAGGAUAAUUUGGGAAAAUCCUCAAGCUGAAGCUACUUGCUGCUUUGGGGAUCUGGAAAACUCCACAAAAGGUAGGUUACAUUUAGAACUGUUGAUGUGACUCCAGACCCAUAUGAUAUGCUCUGUGUAUGCCAUGAUGAAGCAAGCUUGGUUGGUUUGUCUUUGGAUGUUUGUCUGUAUGCGAUCCGUCACAGCACAUUGUCUUGUUUCAUCUGGAAUGUCCCAAGGCACUUUAAGGGAAUUUAAGCCAGAGAAGAACAUUUGGUCUUAUGUCAGGAAACUUCUGGCCUAGGCUACUAAGUUUUAGUCAAUCACAUUGUUUUGUAUUGAGUGAUGUGAUAGUUGAUUUGAGGUCUAAAAUCAGUUGUUCUGAUGUACUGUAUAAAAGCAAACUAUCACAUAGGACUGAAGAAUCAUUGCUCAUAUCUGCGUUAAUUGUACAACGGUGCCAACCAUGACAUUGUAUUUUCUCAAUUGUCUGCCAAUCAGUCUUACCUCAGCUCUCUUAGUGUAUCUAUUUGUGUGUGUGUGUAUUUGCCAUUCAGUGAAUAUCUAAUUAAAUGUCUUCCAGUCCAUCAACCCGUCCAUGUUGCAGGAUGAGAGCAGAGGAGCUGAUGCCUUGUGUACUUAUCACUCUACUGGGGCUGACCCUGAUGGAGUCAGCUCACGGACAGCACAUCUCAGACGAACCCUGCUCUGUCCAGAUCCUCGUCCCAGGACUCAAAGGCAUAUACACUGAGUGUACAAAACAUUAGGAACACCUUCCUAAUAUUGAGUCGCACCCCCUUUUCCCCUCAGAACAGCCUCAAUUCAUCGGGGCAUGGAAUGUACAAGGUGUCAAAAGCAUUCCAUAGGGAUGCUGGCCCAUGUUGACUACAAUGCUUUACACAGUUGUGUCAAGUUGGCUGGAUGUCCUUUGGUUGGUGGACCAUUCUUGAUACACAUGGGAAACUGUUGAGCAUGAAAAACCCUGCAGUGUUGCAGUUCUUGACACACUCAAACCGGUGUGCCUGUCACCUACUACCAUACCCUAUUUAAAGGCACUUAUCUAAAUAUUUUCUCUUGCCCAUUCACCCUCUGAAUGGCACACAUACACAAUCCAUGUCUUAAUUGUCUCAAGGCUUAGAAAUCCUUAUUUAACCUGUCUCCUCCCCUUCAUCUACACUGAUUGAAGUGGAUUUAACAGGUGACAUCAAAAAGGGAUCCAGUUCCUAAUGUUUUGUACACUCAGUGUAAUUCACACACAAUAGAGCCCCACAGUGGAGGUGUCAUAAUACCCAUAAAACCUAGCGGUCAAACAUUCCAAUCGUUUAUCCACCAUUUUUCCCAUAGGGAGUUUAGAAACACUUUAAAUAAGGGCUGUGUUUUGUGUAGGCUUACCCUGGCGAGACGUUUUGAUAACCAUGUAAAUCUCUCUCGGACAAGGUGACUUAUCAAUAUAUUGGGCUCUAUUUACUCUGAUUCGAAAAUGCUAUUUAGCGACAAAGUCUACAUCAUGCAAAACUACAAAUCCCUGCAAGCUCCUGCACGUCAUCUCUAUCUGACACCUUUGCUAACAGGUAUUGUGUCAAUUUUAAAACUUGCACAAGACAAUUCACAGAAUUUGAGCCAAUUUAUGAAUUACUACAUUUAGCUAACAUUAGAUAGUUAAUCCAGAGAUUCUUACCUUUGUCUCGAUUCGGCAGUCUCCUCCAGAUCAUCAUGGCAUUUGUAGUUCUUUAUGAUAGCCACAUUAGCAGCUAAUUAGCAUUUCAUUUUUGGGGGGUAAAUAUAGGCGAAUAUAUCAUAUAUUGUCCUAGAGAGAUUUGCACGGUUAUGAAAAUGUCACGCCAGGGUAAGACUACACAAAACACAGCCCUUAUUUUAAGUCUUUCUAAAAUCCCCUGUGGGAAAAAUGAAUGGUGCAAAAACGAUUAGAAACAUUUCCCUGUUUGACCGCUAGGUUUUAUGGGUAUUAUGACUCAUACUGUGGUACUCUAUACACUCACGCCUUCAUAAAAAAUGAAGGAAUAUGAAAACAUGCUCAGAAAACACAUAGGGCUCAUUUCAUAGGGUUGCACUGUGCACUAUUUAUCAACAAUAGUAACAUAACAUUCCAGAGUUGUGAGGUUGUUGAUCCAUUAAGCUUUUUUUGAUUCGUGAAGCUUUCUCUCCAUUUGACAGGAGAGCCAGGAGAAAAGGGAGAGAAAGGGACACCUGGGAGACCAGGAAGAGUGGGUCCACUAGGGGAGAUAGGUAAGCCUCCAUCUUUGAAAACAGAAACAAAUACAAUGUGCAGUAUUCUCUCUGUACAGGUGCUAUGCUUCAUCCCUCACAAUAUCACAAAGUGUUGAUGACUCCUCUAUGGAGGCUUGGGAAACUUGAGAAAUAGAUUGAUUGGUAAUUUGGCAGUGGCUGUUUUUUCAGCUUCGGAGAAUGUUGGGUGUAGUUAUCUGCUUGAGAAUUUGGUUGUCAUGAAAAGCUGUUUAAACAUCACUUCUGAUUGAGCUUUGGAAAGGUAUUUGGAUAACCCUUUGGUCUCUCACUAUGGUGUCUCACUACACUUGUGGACAAAUGUAUUUUACAAGAGACGAAAACCAUACAGAUUUUGUUCAGAAUGGUUAAGAACAUGAUUCUAGAGUUUAUUUAAUUGGACUGUUAUUGUCUAUGAACUAGGGUAAAGAUCACAGCAUGCGUUGACAAUAAUUUCUCCAAGAGGAUGUUGUGCUCUGGUUACAUCGCUGCUAGGGAGUCCAGAGCAGCAGAAUGUUUACUUUAGGUCAGAGGUCGUGUGAGAAACGCUACCCAGAAUCCCCUGAAUCACUGACCGGUGCUGACUGCAGCUGUUGAUGAUGGCUGGUGGAGGCUGACAUCAAAGACAGAUUAAAUGCUCACAUGGAGGCUUUGUUAUUUACCCCAAUUAUUCAUUUGAUUCUGAAAUCAAUCACAGAACACCUCUAGUUACAGUGACACAUGUUUCCCUGCAGGACAUACUGGAGUUAAAGGACAGAAGGGUAUUAUGGGACAUUAUGGGAAAAUGGGCCCCUGUGGAGUCAAAGGUAGGAAAAAACCCAGAAGAACAUGCGUUUGCACUAGUGUUUUGGGAUGCAUUACCAUAUUUUCCACGUACUUUGACAAUGUUUCCACGCACAGGUUUAAAAGGAGAUAUGGGGGAUCCUGGGCCAAUGGGCCCGAAUGGUGAUCCAGGUACAACAUGUAUUUGUUUGGAGUAACAUUACAGGUCUAGUUAACAAUACGUCCACAAAGAAUUAGGAAAAUAUGUAUUCCUUUUGUCUCAUCAGGUGUUCCAUGUGAAUGCACGCCCCUGAGGAAGAUGAUUGGUGAGAUGGACAUCCUAGUGGCCCAGUUAUCCAAUGAGAUGAAGUUCAUCAAAACUGGUACGCUUUUAGGAUGUCUGGUUUAUAGUAAAGUAUGAAUGUUGAAUUAGGAAUUUCCAAAGAGUAACGCAAAGGUAAAGACAUCAGUUUAUUUUCAGUAUCACUCUCAUCUAUGACCAAUUUGCUUUAUUUGCUUCCGUGCACAAUGUGAAUGCUGGGUAUAUAUGUCAGUGUGAUUAUAGAAAUACAAGUGCUCAUUUUUCAGCACUGCCCUCCCCUGCAGCUGUCGCCGGCAUCAAAGAGACCGACAGUAGGGUCUAUCUGCUAGUCAAGGAGGAGAAGCGUUACACAGAUGCUGAGGUCUAUUGUCAGGGAAGGGGUGGACACCUGGCCAUGCCCAAGGACGAGGGGGCCAACGCGGCCAUCGCUGGGUACAUCACUGAGGCGGGCCUGAGCCGGGUGUACAUUGGCAUCAACGACAUAGACCGCGAGGGCCAUUUCACCUACGUGGAUCGCUCCCCCAUGAGCACCUUCAGCAAGUGGAGGGAAGGGGAACCCAACAAUGCCUACAGGGAUGAGGACUGUGCUGAGAUGGUGGCGGCGGGGGACUGGACAGAUGUGGCCUGCCAUCCCACCAUGUACUUUGUGUGUGAGUUUGACAAGGACAGUGUCUGAGGGGCAUUUUGUUGAGAGUGGUAGUGAGUUGGAAGGGAGG